AUGCGUAAUUUCGUUGCAAUCGAAGAAAAAGGAAGUGUUCGUGAAUUUAUUAUUAAUGAUCUUAGUAAUAUUGGUUUGCGCAUUGAUACAAAUAAACAUCGUAAUAUUAUUAUCGGUCAAACAUCACCACAUAUUGGAAAUAAUGCAAAACAUCAACAUGGUUCACGUGUAUUUAAUGUACAUCUUCAUCAAAUGGAUACAAUGUCAAUACGUAUAGAUGAUUUCGAUUUAACUGUACCAAUAUUUUUACGAUGGUGUUUUGAUUGUAUACGUCGUUCAAUCAAACAUGAAGGUCUCUUUCGUAAAUCAGGUGGAUCUCAACGUGUCAAAGAACUUAUGGCUAGAAUUGAAGAUGGAUCAUUAACACCUAGUUUAUCAUCAUCCAAUACAGUAUUCGAUGUUUGUUCAUUAUUUAAAGAAUUUCUCCGUCGUCUAAUCUAUCCAUUAAUUACAUAUCCAUUACAAGAUCUUUUACUUGAUUGUUUUUCAAUGCGUUCAAUACCGUCAGAUAAAAAAGUUGAUAUUUAUUUUAAUAUACUUUUACUUUUACCCGAUGAACAUUUGCAUGCACUUAUUUAUAUCUUACGGUUUUUACAUGAAAUAACAUUAAAUGAACGUGAUAAUAAAAUGAAUGCAAAAAAUUUAGCUAUUUGUGUUGGUCCUGGUAUAAUGCGUACAUCUAGUGAUGGAAAAGGAAAUAUUAUGACAGAACAAUGUGCAACAAGUGUGAGUGAUAUUGUCGAAACAUUAAUAUCAAAUGCAUCGAAACUUGGUUAUGUCACUGAUUCAAUAUAUGAUCGAUCACAGAUGCUUUUAGAAAUGAGACAAAAAGAAGCAGUACAAAAUACAGAUGAUAGUUUUGCUAUUGAAAAUGGAAUGAAAUAUGGAAUUGGUGGAGGAAAAAUGAGUGAUUUAGCUAAUGCUAAAAAACGACGUAGUGGUUCAGUUAAAGAAUUUCUUGUUCAUAUGACAAAUCGUCUUCGUCGUCGAUCUGGUUCAAAUAAUGAUAGUCGUGAUCAAACAAAUGCUUUUCUUGAUCAAAGUGGUAAACUAUCAUCAUCACAUACACGUGAUCAUCGAUAUCAUUACCAACAAAAUAGUAUUCAUGGGCAUUGUUUAUCAUCGUCAGCUACUUCAAGUGCAACAACAACAAAACGUAAAUCAAGUGAUGAUCCAAAUAGUAGCAAUUCAAAACGAGGUAAAACAAAAACAUCAUCACAAGAAAAACUUUCAUUACCUAAUACAAAUCGUUUUACAAGUCCAAUAACAGCUUUUCGAAGAAAAAAGAAAACAUCAACACAUAGUAAUGAUCCCGGUUUUCCUUUCAAAAUAGAACAUUCACAUUUACCACAAUUACUUCAUUUUACUGACGAAGUUCCUGUACGUUUUAUGAAUACUGUUGUUAAUCCAACAUCAUCCGUUUCAUCAGGAUCUGUUUCAUCAUUAUCAACUGCGACACCAACUGGAUCAAUGACAACAUUAACUACAUCAAUGAUGAGUAAUAAUUCAACAGUACAUAGUACUAUCCAGCCACUCUCUAUGAUACCACAUGAACCACCUACAUUACUUGCAAAUCUAGCAUCUAUUUCAUGUAACAAUAAAUCACUUGACACAAAAAAACUCAAUCUAUUAGAUUCAUGGAAAUGGCCAAAAUCAAGUCGGAAAGCUGAACGAAAACCUUUAGUAGCUAUUCAUGCUCCUAUGUUAGUGGCAUCACAUGCUGAUUCAUCUUCACUUACUGAAUUAUCACCAUCACCAAUAAAAGCAACAAAUAAUUCAAUUCAAAUAACAACUGAACAAUUAGGAGGAACUUCAUUACUCAUGCAUUCUAGUUUCGGUGUUCGUCGUCAUUCCGAUGAUGUUACUAGUACAUCAUUUACCGGUUCAACUUUUCGUCCACGUCGUUCAAUAUCAUCGAGUGGUGAACAACAACAAACUCGUCAUGUUGUUUGCAUGCUUAAUAAUUAUUCUCAUUCAUUACCAAAUCAACAAUUAAAUACAAGUGAUGAUGAUGAACAACAUAUGAAAAAUUCUAAUCAAGAAUCGUUUAGUGAUGAUGAUGAUGAUAUUGUAAAUGAACUUAAUUUAGCUGUAGUUGUUGGUAAUGAAGAUGGACAAUCAUUAAAAGGUUUUACAAAUGAACAAAUAAAUAAUGAAAAUGGUUCACUUGAUGUUGCAUUUCUUGAUGAAGCUGAUUUAGAAAGAAAUUUAAGUAAUAAUAAUAAUAAAACUACAUCGGAAAAUGACCAAAUAACAACUGAUGUACAAAUAUUAAAUUCAGAUGAUAAUAAUGAAAAUGAAACAUUAUUACAAACAAUUAUAGUUGAACGAAAUUUAUCUGAAAUAAAAGAUAAUAAUCAAGAAUUAAUUGUGCCUAUUUUAGUUGAAAAACAGCUUAAUAAAGAUGAUGAACUUGAUGAAAUUUUACGACGAAAUGAAAAUCGUUGUAUUCGAUUAACAGAUUCAGAUGAUGAAGAUCAUGAAAAUUUUAAUGUUAAAACAACUCCAAUAAAAACAUCUGAAGGUGAUAAUAAUAAUAAUAAAUCUACAACACCAAAAAUGCCUGUUCGUCUUUCGUCAUCAAUAUCAAAUUUAAUAUCAUCGUCAUCAUCAUUAACAGCACUUCCAUCAUCAAUAUCUAAAGAACGUUCUCUUUCAUGUUCAAUAUCUCAACCAACAAAUGAAUUAUUUCAUACAUCAGUUACUAAAUGGACAUCAUUGAAUCUUGGAGAGAAUGUCGAGAAUAUUAGUGUACUCAACAGUGGCCGAGACAGUAUUCUUGAACUUCAAGAUAAAUUAGCUGGCCGUGUUCAAAAACAAGUACGUGCUUACGAACAACAUUCAUCAGAAAAUGUACAUAAUCGAUCAAUUGUACCACAAGCAACAUCAGAAAUAUCUGAUGAGAAAAAAAAUAUAUUUACAGUUCAAUCAGUUAAUACACCUGAACAACAUAUUAUUGAAAAAGCAUUAACACGUGGCAAUAAAAUUGUUCUCUCUGGAAAUGGUUUAGGUGAAGCAGUACGUUCAGUAAAACGUUUACGAAGUACUCCUGUACGACGAUGGAAAGAACGAGUCAAAGAAUUUGAAAAAUCGCAUCCAUCAACAACAUCACCCUAUCAGAAAAGAUCAUUGGACGGUGUUAUUAAGAAAUCCGGAAAAUUUUUACUUGAAGUUUAUUAA